GCACGGCGCAGGCGCGCCACCGGCCAUUGACGCGCGGCCCUGCCGUUUGCGACCGGUCGCUUUACGGCUCCUGGCGACCCGGGGAGCGGCGGCGGCGGAUCAUUGAAAGUUUGGAUGAGAAAGCCCUUUAUGGAACAUGGCAAAUCCUCUAAGAAGUGAAGUAAUAAAACUGUACAAAAAUUUGCUGCACCUUGGCAAAGAAUACCCAAAAGGAGCAGAUUACUUCAAGGAUCAUCUUAAGAAGGCUUUCAUGAAAAACAAAGAUGUUACAGAUCCUGAGCAAAUCAAGGAACUAAUAGCACGGGGGCAGUUUGUAAUAAAGGAACUGGAAGCUUUGUAUUAUCUUAGGAAAUAUAGAGCAAUGAAACAACGUUAUGAAGAGAAUAAUGACUGAUUUUAUAACACCACUGAAUUACAGACUUCCAGAAUGUAUCUUUGCAUAGCUUUGUGAUUCUAUGAUCAACAGGUAUAUUACCUGUAAUUCACAAAUGCUUUUAAAUCAAAUCUACUAAUCACAUACGGUGUAUUUAAGAGCCAAGUGGUGUAAAGCUUCAUAAUUCAAGUAACAUUCAUUAAAUGGAAGAAUUAAUGUGUAAGUAACCAACCAGAUCAAUAAGCUUUCUAUUGUAGUGAAGAGGUGUGUGGAACCCAGUGAAUUAUUGUAGCAAAUUGUUACAAUUGAAAAUUCAUGGCCUAGUGUAAGAAUGUUGGGUUUUAUUGCUAGUGGAUUGUGACCUAAUUUUAGUUCUAUUGAUCUCAUUAAAGGGAUAAACCACUUUAAAAAUACCAGUAUCAAUAGAACAUUACUGAAUGUUGCUGAAAUAAUGGCAAGAUUAACCGCUGCUGCAGUGUGAAUGCAUAAAGUAUGCAGGUGCAAGGGGGUGAAACAUCAUUGCCAAAAAUUAAGACAACUGAGUUUGAGUAAAUUGUAUUUGCUUAAUGUGCAACUGAUAAUUGUUUUGAUUAAACAUUAUUGAUUAGUUUCUUA